AACAUGAAGUUCAUUUUCAUGGUUCUACUUUUUGCUAUUAAUAGUCUCGGAUUUCCAUCAAAUUUCAAUGAUUAUGGAAUGAAGAAAAGAAUUAGAUCUAUGGAAAAAAGAAUAUUUUUGCCAGAAGCACCGUUUGUGGCUGUGGUAGAACGCCAUCCUUUAUUUUCAAUACCAGAAAAGGACUAUUGUGGGGCGACAAUUAUUACCGAAGAGUGGUUCCUAUCUUCAGCUGCAUGUUUUUUUACAGAUAAAUAUCAUGAUCCUAAGAAUUUGACACUCGAAAAUUUCGCAAUUGUGACUGGAGCAAGUGAGCUUCCUUCUGUAACAAAAACAUCAAGGCACCAUAUCCAGGAAGUUCACUUAUCAACUAAAGAUACUGAUUCAGUCUCGGAAAAAGCCGUUCUUAUUAAGGUACAAACACCUAUUGAAGUUGACGAUGCGACGCAAAAGCCAAUUCGUAUAGGAAUGAAAAAGGAUAAACCAAAAAAUGCACAACUCGUGAACUUAUAUGGCUUUUAUUUAAAUGAACAAGAGGAUCAGUUGACACCACUAACAGCGACUGAUAUGAGCAUCGACAGUUCUUGUUAUCAAAGGUUUUCUGACAUUUCAAAGGAGGAUGUCUUCUGCAGUGAAGACUAUAAAAACGGACAAGGACAAAGCAUUAGAGUCCUGACUGGAACCUCCGUAGUACGCAAUGGAAAACUGGUGGGACUUGUUUCCAACAUGUUUUAUGCAGAUAGUGUUACAAAAUAUUACAUAAUAUUAAAUAUUGUCGACGUACAUAAUUGGAUUAGUAGCACUAUAUUUCAAACAUCUUAAAUCGGAUUGUCGUCGAAAAUCAGAUUUUUCUGCUUUAUACUUGCCAUUAAUUUUCAUCGUUACUCCGACUUACACUCUGCAGUGG